AUGGCACCCCCUGCGGCGGUGGGAGUUGAGGCCCUCACCGAUACCGAGGCCAUCACUGUCAUCAUUCCUGAUCCCGCGACUGCGACUGUUCAGGAUAUUGCUGCCAGGCGCACCAAAGCUGGGAAGUUGGUUGCAGGCACAGCUGCCUACAGCAGCAGUGACUUUUUCAAGAGCUCUGUCGCUGGCAAGCCGAAAGCAAAGCGAUGGGAUCACUACAUCAGCGUUGAAGGCAAAGCCCGCCAACCCUCCGUUCUCAAAGGAGCCGCCGUCUAUCUCAAGAACCCCGGCCUCAUCUCCCUGGGCGGCGGUCUCCCCCUCCCCGCCAACUUCCCCCUUGAAGAGAUCAGCAUCAAGGUGCCCACCGUCCCCCACUUCUCGGAAGCCUCGACCAAAGCAUCUGGAACAACCCUCGCAGCCGGCAAAUACGAUGCCUCGCAGACCGAAGACGGGAUCUACGACCUCUCGAUUGCCUUGAACUAUGGCUUAGGGACGGGGUCGGCGCAGAUGAUACGAUUCGUCACGGAGCAUACGGAGAUUGUGUGCAAUCCACCCUAUGCCGACUGGCAAUGCGCGUUGACCGUGGGAAGCACCUCUGCGACGGAUAUGGCGUUCCGCAUGUUCUGCGAGCGUGGCGAUAUGAUCCUCUGCGAAGAAUACGCUUUUGCUUCUGCGAUCGAGACGGCCGCUGCUUUGGGCAUCAAGGCCGUCGGUAUUGCCAUGGACGCUGAAGGUCUAAUGCCCUCUAGCAUGGACGAGAUUCUGAGCAAUUGGGACGAGAAAGCGAGGGGUGCCCGUAAGCCUUUCGUGCUCUACACGGUUCCAUCGGGCCAAAACCCCACUGGCGCAACGCAGUCCGUGGCUCGGCGGAGAGAAGUAUACAAGGUGGCUCAAAAGCACGAUGUCUACAUUCUGGAGGACGAGCCGUAUUAUUUUCUGCAAAUGCAGCCGUACACCGGCCCCGAUGCUCCUGCCGUCCCUCCCCCGGCUUCUAACGAGGAAUUCCUCUCUUCUCUCGUUCCCACGUACUUGAGCUUGGACACCGAUGGGCGGGUGAUGCGUAUGGACUCUUUUUCCAAGGUCAUCGCGCCUGGCACGAGAGUAGGGUGGAUUACAGCAUCUGAGCAGAUCGUUGAGAGAUACGUGCGCGCCAAUGAAUCCUCGGUGCAGAAUCCAAGUGGGAUCAGUCAGAUUGUGCUGUACAAGCUCCUGGAUGAGCAUUGGGGCCACGAUGGAUAUCUCAAGUGGUUGGUCCAUUUGAGAAUGGAGUAUACCACCCGGAGAGAUGUCAUACUGGGUGCUUGUGAGAAAUUUCUCCCGAAGGCGGUUGUGUCUUGGAAUCCGCCUGCCGCCGGGAUGUUUCUCUGGCUCAAACUCGACUGGCACGCCCACCCUCACGCCAAAACCAAGACUAUCCUCGAACUCGAAGAUGAGAUAUUCCUUGCCGCCGUCGCAAAAGGCGUGCUCAUGUCCAAAGGCUCGUGGUUUCUUGCUGAGCGCGAGGGUUUCACGCCAACUGAGAUGUUCUUCAGAGCUACCUUCGCCGCAGCUGCGGAGGAUAAAAUGACGGAGGCUAUUGAGAGAUUCGGCGUGGCUGUGAGGGAGAGCUUUGGGUUGAAUCCUCCAGCUUUGGCCGGCGCGGAUUCGUUAACUUUUCGAUACGGAGACGAAGAAGAAGAAGAAGAGAAGAAGAAGAAGAAGAAGAAGAAGAAGAAGAAGAAGAAGAAGAAGAAGAAGAAGAAGAAGAAGAAGAAGAAGAAGAAGAAGAAGAAGAAGAAGAAGAAGAAGAGACUGCAGAAGAUGGAUGGAUGGGUGAGCUAG